AUGUUCAAUGGGUUAGUUCGAUCUUUCUCGAUCAAGAGAGUUAAAAAUAAUAACGGAAACAACGACGCAAAGGAAGCUGCUGAUGAGAUGGCGAGAGAAGCCAAGAAGAAGGAGCUGAUUCUGAAAUCUUGUGGCUACGUUUACGCAGAAGGAUCUAACAACUCGGCCUCUGUUUUCUCCAAACGCGGCGAAAAAGGAGUUAACCAAGACUGCGCAAUCGUUUGGGAGGGAUUUGGGUGCCAAGAAGACAUGAUAUUCUGCGGGAUAUUCGAUGGACACGGUCCAUGGGGUCACUAUGUAUCCAAACAAGUAAGAAACUCAAUGCCUUCCUCGCUUCUAUGCCACUGGCAAAAGACUCUUGCUGAAGCCACACUACUAGACCCCGAGCUCGACUUUGAAGGGUCUGAUAAAAGUCUCUCAAGAUUCGACAUAUGGAAACAGUCUUAUCUCAAGACAUGUGCAUCGGUUGAUCAAGAGCUUGAACAUCACCGCAAGAUCGAUUCUUACAACAGCGGCUCAACAGCUCUAACCAUAGUCAGACAGGGUGAAGUUAUAUAUGUAUCAAAUGUAGGUGAUUCAAGAGCGGUACUAGCCACGGUUUCAGAUGAGGGAAGCUUAGUUGCUGUUCAGCUCACCCUAGAUUUCAAACCAAACCUGCCUCAGGAGAAGGAGCGGAUAAUCGAAUGCAACGGUCGGGUUUUCUGCCUCAAAGAUGAGCCUGGUGUACACCGUGUGUGGCAACCCGACGCAGAAACGCCGGGGCUCGCAAUGUCUCGAGCGUUCGGAGACUAUUGUAUCAAAGAGUACGGUUUGGUUUCAGUCCCUGAAGUCACUCAAAGACAUAUCUCUCCCAAAGACCACUUCAUCAUCUUGGCUAGCGAUGGGAUAUGGGAUGUGAUCUCUAACCAAGAGGCUAUAGAGGUCGUCUCAUCUACGGCUGAGCGGCCUAAGGCGGCUAAGCGGCUAGUGGAGCAAGCAGUUAGGGCUUGGAAGAAGAAGAGACGAGGAUACGCCAUGGACGAUAUGUCUGCGGUCUGCCUUUUCCUCCAUUCCUCUUCUUCAUCUUCAUCUCUAUCAGAACACGUUCAUCAUGUCACGACUUAUAAGUAA